AAAAAGAGGCACAGUGUUGGACCUGAGUCUUUCCUCUUUUUUAAAACCUGCACCUGUUUCUGGAGAGGGCUCGGAAGACUCACCUGAGAGGACUGGACGUUCUCCAGAGAGGGAGGAGAACAUGAGAACAGCAGGACAGGCAGAGACUGCAAUGUCUGAGCGACGGUGAGAGUGUCAGGGAGAGGACAGAAUCCAUUUUUACCUUGUCACUGGUCAGAAAAUGAACAUGUCGGCGAGGGUAGUGUUUGGAAAGGGGCGCCUCACUCCCCAGCAGCUCUCCUUCGCCUUCCCUCAGACAGAUUCUCUGAGGAAAGGUGGCCGGUCAUCAGGGGGAAAGAGGAGGAUGUUCUCUUUUUCGCUCCGAUGUCGCCUGGGCAUCAUCAGAGGGAGAACCAAAGAUGAAGGACCAUACUCAAAGGGGAGCAAGGAGUCCGGGGGAGCUGACCAAUCACAUUCAUCCAGGAGGCGCAGCCUUUCAGAAGAGUACCGAGGAGUGACCACAGUGGACCUGAUGAAAAGGGAAGGCAGCAGCCUUGGCCUCACCAUCUCCGGAGGGUCUGACAAGGACGGCAAGCCCAGAGUGUCAAACCUACGGCCAGGUGGGCUAGCUGCCAGGAGCGACCAGCUGAAUGUAGGAGACUACAUCAAGUCAGUGAAUGGCAUCAACCUGUCAAAGCUUCGCCAUGAUGAGAUUAUCAGCCUGCUGAAGAACAUCGGGGAGCGGGUGGUGCUGGAGGUGGAGUACGAGCUGCCUCCAUUCGUCCAGACCCCCUCAGGAGUCAUAACAAAAACCAUAGAGGUGUGUUUACACAAGGAGGGAAACAGCUUUGGGUUUGUCAUGAGAGGCGGCUUCCAUGAAGACUGGCGCAGGUCUCGUCCUCUGGUGGUUACUUACGUCAGACCCGGGGGUCCUGCUGACAGAGAGGGCACUUUGAAGGCCGGAGACCGAGUAUUGAGCAUAGACGGGAUGCCUUUAAACAGAGAGAAGCACGCUGACGCUUUGACCAUGCUGAUGCAGAGCGGCCAGGAAGCUCUGUUCCUGAUUGAGUAUGACGUCUCUGUCAUGGAGGCAGUGCAGCAAGCCUCGGGCCCUCUGCUGGUGGAGAUAGUGAAGAGUCCCUCUGCCAGCCUGGGGAUCAGCCUCACCACAACAAUAUACAGAAGCAAACAAGUCAUUAUUAUUGACAAGAUAAAGGCAGCUAGCGUGGUGGAGAGGUGUGGAGCGCUGCACGCAGGUGACAUCCUCCUGUCCAUAGAUGGGACCAGCACCGAGCACUGCUCCCUGAUGGAGGCCACGCAGCUACUAGCCAGCACCUCAGAUGUUGUCAAACUAGAGAUACUUCCAGCCAGUCAGAGCAGACUUCCUGCCAGGCCACAAGACACAGUAAAAGUGCAGAAGAGCAACCAUCAUCACUGGGACCAAAGCAGCAACUACUGCCAUCCCCCACAUGCCAGCCACAGCAAGACAUGGAGCAGCCCAAGCCACCCACACAACCAGCAGGACCACUGCAAAUCUCUGGUGAGUGGUGGCUUCUCCCCUUCCUCCACAGCCACCUCAGGCUUCAGCAGCCAGGGUAGCAACACGCUGCCCUGCCCCAUCCCUCCGAUCGCUCCCACCAGCCCCCGCAGCUCCACCGGCAAGAGGAGGAACAGGAAGAAGGACCACAAAAGCUCGUUAUCUCUGGCGUCCAGCUCUGUUGGCCCAGGGGGGCAGAUUUUUCAUGUGGAAACAAGCGAGGUCGUCCUGAGGGGAGAUCCGCUCACAGGUUUUGGGAUCCAGCUGCAGGGGGGUGUCUUUGCCACAGAAACCCUGUCCGCUCCCCCAGUCAUCCGCUUUAUUGAGCCCGACAGCCCAGCUGAAAGGUGUGGGCUGCUGCAGGUUGGAGACAGACUGUUGUCCAUUAAUGGGAUCCCGACUGAAGAGGGCACUUUGGAGGAAGCCCAUCAGCUGCUCAGAGACUCCGCUCUGUCCAAUAAGGUCACAGUAGAGAUUGAGUUUGAUGUCGCAGAGUCAGUGGUUCCCAGCAGUGGCACCUUCCAUGUUAAACUGCCCAAGAGGAGAGGCGUGGAGCUGGGCAUCACCAUCAGUGCAAGUAAAAAACCUGGCAAGCCCCUCAUCAUCUCUGACAUCCGAAAAGGAAGCAUAGCACACAGAACAGGCACUCUGGAGCCUGGAGACAGGCUGCUGGCCAUCGACAGUGUGCGUCUGGAGAACUGCACCAUGGAGGACGCCAUGCACGUCCUGCAGCAGGCCGAGGACAUGGUCAAACUGCGAAUCCAGAAGGAUGAGGACAACAUUGAUGAGUUGGAGAUGUCAGGCUCCAUAAUCUACACAGUUGAGCUGAAGAGAUACAACGGCCCACUGGGCAUCACGAUUUCUGGCACAGAGGAGCCCUUUGAUCCCAUCGUCAUUUCUGGCCUCACCAAGAAAGGCCUGGCAGAGAGGACCGGGGCCAUCCAUAUAGGGGACAGAGUCCUGGCCAUCAAUGGUGUCAGUUUAAAAGGAAAACCGCUGAGCGAGGCCAUCCACCUCCUGCAGAUGGCCGGGGAGUCCGUCACCCUUAAGAUCAAGAAACAAGCCGACCAGUCUGAUGGCCGCCAUCAUCCAGACAGAGAAGCCGGGUUUCUAAGUGACACGGAGGACGAACUGACAGGCUCCCAGAAGACCAGUAAACACUCAGAGGUCUACUCUGCCACUGUUCCCAGUAUAGACUCUGCCAUGAGCUCCUGGGAUAGCUCAGGGUUCGACGCAGGCUACAGUAGCCAAGGGACAUAUCUUCACAAGGCAUCUGAUAUAUUGCUCAAUCCAAAUGAGUGGAGGCGCUCAAAGCACAGGAGCCAAACCAGUUCGAGCUCGGCAGGUUUAGUCCACCACACAGUGCUGUAUGAUGGGAGAUUCACUGAGGAUGAGUGGGACAAGAUACCAGGAUUCAUCAGCCCCCCUCGUUGCCAUGGCACCCUGAACCAGGACGACAGCUUCUGGUCCCAGGCUCUGCAGGACCUCAAGACCUGUGGCCAGUCAGAGAUUCUCAGGGAGCUGGAGGCAUCCAUGACAGGUAGUGCACUUAGUCUGUACCUAGAGGAGACCAAGACUGAUGAAGAUGUGAUGUUUCAGUCUGAAAUUAGUCCCAUUAAGAGGGAGGGAAUCCAUCCCGAGUCUGAGAACAAAAGCAACCUCAACAUGUCGACUGGAGCCAGAGACAUAUCAGCCAGGGGCAAAGACGACCCCUGCGAUAUUUUGUCCCCUACAACUCUGGCACUGCACAAGGUGACAAUGAGGAAAGACCUUGAGAGCCAUGACUUUGGUUUCAGUGUGUCUGAUGGGCUCCUGGAGAAAGGGGUUUAUGUCAACAUGAUCCGUCCGGAUGGACCUGCCGACCUGGCGGGUUUAAAGCCUUUCGACCGCAUUCUUCAGGUGAACCGUGUGAGGACCAGGGACUUGGACUGUUGUCUAACUGUGCCCCUAAUUAUGGAGGCUGGAGACAGCCUGGACUUGGUCAUUAGCAGGAAUCCACUGGCGGCAGCAGACACAGGGCUGCCCGACGACUGUGAUGACCCUUCAAACUCACUGUUCUGCUUUCCCGAACACAGGACCAACAGCAUCGCCCUGUGA